AUGACAGGGCAACCUGUAAAGCGGACCUAUGCAGAAGCGGCCUUGGACUAUGUCGGAGCACGCUACGUUGGCGUAGGCCCCGAAACAUGCAGCUACACAACACAAGCGAUCCAGAUCCCCAUGCGGGACGGCGUCGAGCUGGUUGCCGACUUUUACGCACCAGAAUUACCCGACAACCAAGCACCUGCUGGUCUAAUUAUGGUCCAGUGCUGCUAUGGUCGGGGCGGAGGCAUCACCUUCCUCAACGCCCGCGCCUUCGCUGCUCGAGGCUUCCAGGCACUCUUCGUUAGCACACGCGGCACGCAUGGCUCCGGUGGCACUUUCGACCCCCACAGCAAUGAAGAGUCCGACAGCCAGGACAUCGUCAUCUGGAUGCGUCAGCAGCCCUGGUAUCCUGGCUCUUUUGCUACCCUGGGUGCCUCGUAUCUCGGUUACAGUCAGUGGGCGCUGUUGCACAACCCGCCUGACGACUGUGUCGCUGCUGUCAUUCCCGUUGGUCCUCAUGAUCAGGCCUGGCACGCAUGGGGUACCGGGUCUUUUCGGCUUGAUCGCGCAGCCUGGAGCGAUAUGAUGUCGAGGCGUGACGGUGAGCGAGGAAACUUUCUCUCGCGUCUGUCAAAUAUACCUGGUUUGAGCUUUUUGCGGCCGUCUGGGCUCGAAAGAGCUGUGGCCGGUCUGCCGCUGGAAGCUAGUCUGCAGACAUACUUCGGCGACAAGGCCCCGUGGCUCUUUGAGUAUUUGAAACAUGCCAAUGUUGAUGAUGCUUACUGGACACCACGGCGACACCACAUUGCUCUUGACCGUGUGAAGAUUCCUAUCUUGUUGAUUAGUGGUUGGUACGACACCUUCACAACGCAGACGAUGCACCAGUUCAAGCACCUACGCGAUAGAGGUGCCAAUGUAAGCCUCAUCGUCGGUCCCUGGACACAUGUUCAAGGCUCUGGUCUACAUUCUAUGCCGGAGAUAAUGGAAUUUCUCGCUGAACACCUAACCAAAACUGGAAAAUACAAUCGCCUUCCAGCUCACGUAUUUAUCACUGGCUCCCAGGAAUGGCGCUCGAUGCCAACCUGGCCUCCAGCUACUCAGCCGAUGACCCUAUAUCUGCAAGAAAAUAGCGUUAUCGGAUCGAAGCAGCCUGUCCAGGAUGCAAACCCCGCCUCCUUCGUGUUCGACCCCCUGAACCCUACCCCCAGCAUCGGUGGCAACCAAAUGUCUUCUGGCGGACGAGUAGACGACAGUGCCUACGCCGAGAGAUCGGACGUCCUAGUCUUCACGAGCGAGCCCCUUUCAGAGGAUCUUGAGGUUCUAGGCACUCCAUCCGUUCAUCUGAUACAUGCAAGCGACCCGCCCUUUGCAGACCUAUUCGUGCGACUCAGCGAGGUAGACGCUCAGGGCGUGUCCCACAACAUCACUGAGAUGUACCAGGCACUUGAUGCGUCCCGCGACAUGGCCCAGCCACUACAGCUAGAUCUACAAGACUGCGCGCAUAGAUUCCGAGUGGGUACGCGUGUGAGACUUAUUGUCGCAGGCGGGUCUUUCCCGAUGUAUGCGAGAAGUCUUGGAACUGCUGAAGAUCGUGUGCGUGGUGGGAAGACUGUUCCUCAAAGACAUACUGUUACUAUUUCCGGUGGAGUGUCACGACUUAUGUUGCCUAUUAGCGCUGCUGUUUGA